UGAUGAGACUUCCAAAAGUUUACACUGGAACUUAUAAUGUAUUUAGAUUUUCAAGCAUAUUCUGAAGACAUUCAGGAUAUAUCGAAUGCCGCAACCAUGGAACUACAGAUUGAGAAUGGAAUAAAUAAUAUCGCAACAAUUUGGAAAAACAAGGUUUUGAUAUGGCGUAUGCAUGGGAUGGUAUUUAUCGAAUAAAAACGUAGAUGAAUGCUUUCAAUUACUAGAAGAUCACCUUGUACAGAUAUCCGCUAUGAAGGCAACACGAUUCGUAGAGCCGUUCAUAGAUAUUGUAGAUUAUUGGGAAAAACAUUAUCGUAUAUCAGCGAAACCCUUGAAAAGGCACUUUCUGUUCAACGACAGUGGCUUUAUUUGGAGAAUAUAUUUCAGGGCGAUGAUAUUCGAAAGCAAUUACCUGAUGAAGAGAAACGAUUCAUUGCCAUAACGGAUGAAUUUCGAACAAUCACUUCUAAAAUGUUUGAAGCUAAUACAGCGGUAAAAGCAACACAUUUACGUCCUCCACCAUUCAUUCUUAAUAGGUUUAAUCGUAUGGAUGAACACUUAGAAUUAAUUCAGCGUGCUUUGGAGAUUUAUCUGGAAGCAAAACGUCAAAUUUUUCCUCGAUUUUAUUUUAUAUCAAAUGAUGACUUGUUGGAGAUUUUGGGAAAUGCAAAACGACCAGAUCUUGUUCAAACACAUCUUAAGAAAUUAUUUGAUAAUCUUUACAAACUUGAGCUUAGGCGAGUGGGUAAGGCUUUAAGUCGUUGGCAGGCUACUUCCAUGUAUUCCGAUGAUGGUGAAUGUGUGGAGUUUUUGCAAGUUGUCUAUAUAGAUGGACCUUCAGAACGUUGGUUAACUCAAGUAGAGGUUUAUAUGAUAGCUGUAAUGAAGGAACAGCUUAAACUUGCACGAGGAUCUCUAAAGAAAUUAAUAGGUAACCGUGAAAAAUGGAUUUCUAUGUGGCCUGGGCAAAUGGUUCUAACAACUGCACAGAUUCAAUUUACGACUGAUUGUACUCGAACUCUCAUCCAUUGCAAAAUGGUUGAUCAAAAGAAACCACUUAGAAAACUAAAGCAAAAACAGACAAAAGUUCUUAUGAAACUAUCUGAAAUGAGUCGCAAGGAUUUAUCGAAGAUUAUGCGACUUAAAGUGAAUACACUUAUAACAUUAGAAAUUCAUGGAAGAGAUGUUUUAGAACGCAUGUAUAAAUCAAACUGUAAGGAUAUUAAUCACUUUGAGUGGUUUUCCCAAUUACGUUUUUACUGGCAUCGCGAAUCAGAAUUAUGUGUAAUUAGGCAGACAAAUACAGAGCAGUGGUAUGGAUAUGAGUACACAGGAAAUUCCGGAAGACUUGUUAUCACACCUUUGACUGACCGAUGCUAUAUCACACUAACGACCGCCCUUCACCUACAUCGGGGUGGUAGUCCCAAAGGACCUGCCGGAACUGGCAAAACGGAGACAGUCAAAGAUUUGGGCAAAGCGAUUGGUCUUUGGGUAAUUGUUACAAACUGCUCAGAGGGGUUAGAUUAUAAAAGUAUUGGAAAAAUCUCAGGUCUUGCUCAAAGUGGUUGCUGGGGCUGUUUUGAUGAGUUCAAUCGUAUUAACAUUGAGGUUCUUUCUGUUGUGGCCCAACAAAUUAUGUCCAUUAUGGCAGCUUUAUCUGCUAAAGUAAAAGAAUUCGUUUUUGAAGGUCAAAAUAUAAAAUUAAUUGGUACUAUUGGACUGUUUAUUACCAUGAAUCCCGGAUACGCCGGACGAACUGAGUUACCAGAUAAUUUAAAGUCAAUGUUCCGGCCAAUUUCAAUGAUGGUACCCGAUAAUAUUAUUAUUGCGGAGAAUCUCUUAUUUUCUGAUGGGUUUACGAAUACCCGAAAUUUAUCUCGUAAAAGUCUAUGCACUUUAUGAAUUAGCAAAAAACAGCUUUCUAAACAAUAUCACUAUGAUUUUGGAUUACGGUCAAUGGUUGCUUUAUUAAGGUAUGCUGGAAAAAGCGCCGUCAGUUUCCUUAUAUGAAUGAGGAAGAGAUUGUAUUUCUUGCAAUGAAGGAUAUGAAUGUAGCUCGGUUUACUUCAGCUGACUUACCUCUUUUCGUUGGUAUAAUGAGUGAUAUAUUUUUCCUGGCGUUUUCUACCUGAAAUUGAUUACAGUGAUUUUAAUAUUGCAAUUGAUGAUGAAUUUAAAUAUAAUAACUUACAACCUAUUAAAAUAGCAGUAAAAAGGUUAUAGAGCUAUUUGAAACAAAAAUUCAAGACAUUCUGUUAUGCUUAUAGGCGACACUGGGACUGCAAAAACUGUAACUUGGAGAACAUUGCAAGGAGCUUAUUGUCGAAUGAAUUCCCAACGGUUCCACGGUUGGGAAUCCGUUACUAUUUAUCCCAUCAACCCUAAGUCUUUAGACUUAUCUGAAUUAUAUGGUGAGUAUAACUUAACUACUGGGGAAUGGCUUGAUGGUGUCCUCAGCUCAAUUAUGCGAAUCAUUUGCGCAGAUGAAGAUCCCAUGCAAAAUGGCUAUUAUUUGAUGGACCAGUAGAUGCAGUUUGGAUAGAAAACAUGAAUUCUGUUAUGGACGAUAAUAAACUACUUACUCUUGUCAAUAGUGAACGAAUAACAAUGCCAUCACAAGUUUCAUUACUUUUUGAGGUAGGGGACUUAGCAGUUGCGUCACCAGCUACAGUUUCAAGGUGCGGUAUGGUAUAUAACGACUAUAAUGAUUGGGGUGGAAACCGUAUGUCAUUUCAUGGUUACAAAAACAAAAGAAUAAAGCUUUCUCGGAUUUUUACUGAUUCAUUUUAAUACAAUUUUACCAAAUUUACUUGAGUUCAAGAGAUCCCGAUGCAAAGAGCCGGUUAAAACAAAUGAGUUAAAUGGAGUUAUGUCCCUAUGUAAACUUCUAGACGGUUUUGCAACAAAACAGAAUGGGAUAAACCCGAAUAAUUUACAGUUUCUGGAGGAAAUGACGAAAUUGUGGUUUAUGUUUUGCUUAGUAUGGUCCAUCUGCGCAAGUGUAGAUGAAGAAAGUCGUUUGAAACUUGAUACGUACAUUCGUGAAACGGAAAGCUGCUUUCCCAUAAAAGGAUACAAUAUAUGACUACUUUGUUGAACCAAAUGAGCGCACAUUUGUAUCAUGGGAAACCAAACUCUCAGCUUCUUGGCGUUAUGAUGAAAAUUCUCAUUUUUAUAAAGUUAUUGUACCUACUGCAGAUACUAUUCGAUAUGAAUAUAUUGUAUCUAAACUACUCAUUGAGGAGCACCCAGUGAUGUUAGUUGGAAAUGUUGGAACGGGUAAAACAUCAACUGCAAUAAAUGUUAUGGAAGCAUGUGACAGAAAUAAAUUUUGUGUUUUAUAUGUAAACAUAUCCGCACAAACUACAGCAGCUGGACUGCAAGCUUCAAUUGAGAACCGUACAGAAAAACGAACAAAACCCAGUUUGUACCAUUUGGCGGAAAAAAAUGAUUUGUUUUAUGGAUGAUUUUAAUAUGCCUGCCAAGGACAUCUAUGGAUCACAACCCCACUAGAACUAAUACGACAAUGGAUAGAUUAUAAGUAUUGGUUUAAUCGUAGGACACAACAAAAGAUAUAUGUUUUGAGCACAUUUUUAAUGGCAGCAAUGGGACCACCAGGAGGAGGUCGGCAAUUUCUCUCCCCUCGAACGCAAAAGUCGGUUUGUUUUAUUGAAUUUAACAUUUCCCACUGAUGAGAUAAUUACAAGAAUAUUUAGUGCAAUUCUUAAACAAAAGUUAGAAACUUUUACGAACGAUGUGCGUGAAAUGUCUAUAUUAUUGACAAAAUCCACAAUACAUCUUUAUAAUGUCAUUGCUAAAAAUGUUACCAACCCCAAACAAAUCUCACUACGGUUUUAACUUACGAGAUAUUUCAAAAGUAUUUCAAGGACUUUUGAAGAGCUCUAAGAAGCUUCAAACAACAAAACCCUUUUUCUUCGCGUCUGGAUUCAUGAGAUUUUUAGAGUUUUUAGUGACCGCCUUGUUGAUGACUCAGAUCAAGAAUGGUUCCUAAACACAAUAAAUGAAACUCUUGGAGAACACUUUGAGGUGACUUUUCAUAGUUUGUGCCCAUCUAAACAAUGCCCGCUGUUUGGUGAAUUUAUGCAUCCCCAAGGAUUUUAUGAAGACUUGCAGUUAGAUAAAUUGCGAGCAUACAUGGAUCGUCUAUUAGAAGAGUACAAUAAUUAUCCAGGAAUGGUCCGAAUGGAUUUGGUAUUUUUAGGGAAGCCGUUGAGCAUAUCGUACGGAUAAUCCGCAUAAUAUCUCAGCCUCGCGGACAUAUUCUAAACAUUGGGAUCGGUGGUUCUGGGCGUCAAGUACUUGCAAAACUAGCAGCUUUUAUUGUUGAAAUGAGUGUCUUUCAAAUAGAAGUAUCAAAAAAUAUAAAGUUGGGGAUUUUAGAGAGGAUCUAAAAGGUCUUUACAAGCUCACGGGUAUAAAGCAAAGAUUAGCUCUUUUUGUUUUCAGUAGCGAACAGGUAGCAGAUGUUUCCUUUUUGGAAAUAAUAAAUAAUAUGCUGAGUAGUGGCGAAAUAAAUCUUUUCAAAACUGAUGAGUUUGACGAACUAAAAUCUGAAUUAGAGCGAUCAGCAAAAAGGCUGGUGUUGAUCUAAACAGUGAAGCCCUGUACACAUUUUCAUGUUAAAUGUAAGAGAUUGUAUGCAUAUUGUUCUAUGUUUCAGCCCCAUAGGCGACAAUUUUCGAAAUUAUUUACGUCAAUAUCCUGCAUUGUUAAGUUCAACAACUCCGAAUUGGUUUAGAGAGUGGCCUCAAGAAGCAUUAUUGGAGGUAGCGUGUCAUUUUUGAAGGGCUUUCAACUAAAUGCACCAAUUCCGGGAAAGGAAUAUAAAAGGAUCGAGAUAGCUUAAUUAUGACUACCGAAUAUAUUUUUAUAUCGUGAUAUUCCGCAUACCUUUUCACUUAUGCACUCAAGUGUUUCAAAAAUGUCGCAGCGUAUGUUUACAGAAGUUAAGCGCCAUAAUUAUGUCACUGCCCCAAAUUAUUUACAAUUGGUAAGUGGGUUUAAAGAGCUUCUUGAAAAAAAAGACAUGAAGUUUCAACAGCUGCUAAUCGUUUACGUAAUGGGCUAUCAAAAUUUCCGAGACACAGGAAAAGGUAACUUUAAUGUCUGAAGAGCUUAAAGUGAGCUCAGAGCAAGUGAAAUUACUCGCCAAGGAAUGUGAAGAGUUCAUUGCUAUGAUUGAAAUUCAAAAGCUGAGGCAACUGAACAAAAGGAAAUCGUUGAUGCAGAGGCUGUUAUUAUUAAACGCGAGGAAAUUAUUUGCUUAGACUUAGCGGCCACUGCGCGCGCUGACUUAAGUAGUUCUUCCUAUGAUCGACGCAGCUGUAAAAGCUUUAGAUGCCCUUAAUAAAAAGAUAUAGCUGAAGUUAAAUCUUAUGGAAGACCGCCAAUGAAAAUUGAAAAGGUUAUGGAAGCGGUUUUGAUACUUUUAGGAAAGGAACCAACAUGGGAAAACGCAAAAAGGUUCUUAGUGAAUCGACAUUUUUAAAUGAUCUUAAAAAUUUUGAUCGUGAUCAUAUAUCAGAAAAAUAUUAAAAAGAAUAGCUUUGUACACAAAAAUCCUGAAUUGGAGCCUGAUAAAGUUGCUGUUGUAUCAGUAGCCUGUAAAUCUCUAAUGUUAUGGAUUAUGGCAAUCGAAAAUUAUGGUAAAGUUUAUCGAAUUGUUGCGCCUAAGCAAGAGAAACUGGAUAACGCCAUUAGAUCGUUGGAAGAGAAGCAAGCAGCAUUAGCAGCAGCGAAAAAACUCGAAGAACUCAAGCAUUUAUUGAAGAUCUUUAUAUUCAAUUAAAUGAAAAACUAUAUUGCUUAAUGAUAUACGCCUUAAGGAAGAAAGACUGCGAAAACAACUCGAAAGAGCGAUUAUCCUAGUAGAAUCUUUAUCAGGUGAACGAGAGAGGUGGAUUGAAACUGUUUUCCAAUUAGACAUUUCAUUUGAAAAACUACCUGGUGAUUGCCUCUUAUCAAUUGCUUUUGUGACAUAUAUGGGUGCUUUUGACACAAAGUAUCGCGAAGAACUUCUCAAUAAAUGGAGACAAGUAAUUCAAAAUUUUAAGAUACCAGCAACAUCUGAUCUUAAAAUUACAACCUUUCUUUGUAAUCCUGUUACGAUUCGCGAAUGGAAUAUUCAAGGGCUACCUGGGGAUGAUUUAAGCACAGAAAACGGAGUGAUUGUCACUCAAGGAAGCCGAUGGCCGCUGAUUAUUGAUCCUCAAAUGCAAGCAAACAUUUGGAUAAGAAAAAAGAGGAAUAUAAUCAAUUAAUAAUUAUUGAUUUGGGAAUGAAUGAUUAUCUCCAGCAAAUAGAGCUAUCCAUAAGAGAAGGAUUUCCAGUACUGCUGCAAAACGUGGGGAAUCACUGGAUCAAGCAAUAUAUCAAUUCUUCGUCGAAAUUUUACUAUACAGGCCGGAGAGAAACUUAUUAAAUUCAACGGUCGAUUCAUUUCUUACAACGAAAAAUUUAAGCUUUACAUUACAACUAAGAUUUCUAAUCCUCACUAUCCACCAGAAAUAUCAUCAAAAAUGACACUAGUAAACUUUGCUCUUAAGCAAGACGGAUUGGAAGCUCAAUUGUGGGUAUUAUUGUACGUAAAGAAAAACCUGCUCUAGAAGAACAAAAGGAUGAUUUGGUAAUGACAAUUGCUCGCAAUAAGCGCACAUUGAUUGAUCUUGACAAUGAGAUUCUUCGUAUGCUAAACGAAAGUAGGGGAUCGCUUCUUGACGAUGACAAACUUUUUUGACACUUCAAAAAUCGCGACAGACUUCCAUUUUAGUUAAAGAAUCAUUAAGUAUUGCAGAGAUAACAGAGGUUGAUAUUGAUGCAGCUAGACAAGAAUAUAAGCCCGCUUCUGUUCGUGCUGCUAUAUUGUUUUUUGUACUGAUGGACAUGUCAAAAAUUGAUCCAAUGUAUGUUUUCUCUUUGGCUGCUUAUAUUUUGCUCUUCACACAAUCUAUAGAGCGAAGUCCUCGAAACCAACUUGUACAUGAACGCAUUUACAACAUAGACGAAUAUCACACAUACUCAGUAUAUAGAAACACAUGUAGGGGACUGUUCGAAAAACAUAAGCUUUUAUUUUCAAUUCAUAUGACGGCUAAAAUACUUUAUAACGCUGGAAAACUUGUUGAGGAAGAGUAUGAUUUUAUUUUAAGAGGCGGAAUUGUUCUUGAUAAACAAGGUCAAGCCCUAAUCCUGCAAAAUGGUGGAUAAGUGAUCAAAAUUGGGAUAAUAUAACAGAGUUGGAUAAAGUUCCAGCUUUCACGGGAUUGUUGAUUCUUUUGAGUCAAAUUUUAAAUCAUGGAAUGCUUGGUAUGCAACCACAUUUCCUGAGCAAGAAGAUCUUGUUGGGGAAUGGAAUGAUAAACUUACAGAUUUUCAAAAAUAUGCGUCGUGCGGUCAUUGCGUCCUGAUCGAAUUUCCUUUUGCAUGACGCAAUUUAUUAUAAGCAAACUUGGCCCGCGAUAUGUGGAACCACCAGUGCUUGAUCUAAAGGCUGUAUUUGAUGAAUCUAUCCCCAAACUCCUUUAAUAUUUGUUCUAUCACCCGGAAUUGAUCCAUCUCAAUCAUUAAUUGCACUUUCUGAAACUGUUAAAAUGUCACAACGUAUGUAUUCUCUUAGCUUGGGACAAGGUCAAGCUUCUGUGGCAACGAAACUUAUAAUGGAUGGUAUAAGAGAUGGCAAUUGGGUCUUUCUAGCAAAUUGUCACUUGUCCUUAAGUUGGAUGCCUACUCUUGAUAAAAUGAUAGCAACAAUGCAAUCAAUUAAGUUACAUAAAAAGUUCCGACUUUGGCUAAGUUCAAGUCCGCACCCUGACUUUUCCUAUAUCAAUAUUGGAAACAAGCAUUAAAAUGACAACAGAGCCUCCCAGAGGCAUUAAAUUAAAUAUGAAGAGACUCUAUAAUAAUGUGAACAUCACUAAUAUGGAUAUAUGUAAAGAACCUAACAAGUACAAAAACUUUUAUUUGCAUUAUGUUUUUUUUUCACACUAUUCUCUUAGAACGUAAAAAAUUUCAGCAAUUGGGGUGGAAUGUCGUAUACAGUUUUAAUGAUUCUGAUUUCGAGGUUUCCGAAAUUUUACUUCUUUUGUAUUUAAAUGAAUACGAGGAGACACCUUUCAGUGCUUUGAAAUAUUUAAUAGCUGGAGUAAAUUACGGGGUCACGUAACAGAUGAUUGGGAUCAGCGUUUACUAUCUACAUAUAUUAAUCAACUUUUAAUGACCAAGCAAUAAAAUCUCGAAAGUUUAGAUUGUCUUCAUUGUCAAACUAUUUUAUACCGGACGACGGAGACGUACAGUCUUAUUUAGACCAAAUUCAAAUGUGGCCUAACUUUUGACAAACCGGAUGUUUUUGGCCAACAUUCAAAUGCAGAUAUAGCGUCACUUAUAGGAAACAAGAAUGCUUUUUGCUACUUUACUUUCAAUGCAAGAUCAAAAAAUAAAUUGUGACACUGCAGAAAAUCCUGAAAAUAAGGUAUCUGAUAUUGCUAAGGACAUAUUGCUAAAUACUCCAGACGAAAUCAACUAUGAGCAAACUGCAAAAGAUUAUAGGAAUUGUUCGCACUCCUUUAGAAGUAGUAUUGUUACAAGAAAUUGAACGAUACAAUAGUCUUUUAGAGGAAAUGCGCACUCAGUUGCGGAAUCUUCGACGUGGAAUUCAGGGCUUGGUUGUUAUGAGCGCUGAUCUAGAAGAUAUAUAUAGUGCAGUAUCUGAAAGCCGUGUACCAUUACAUUGGCUCAAAGCUUAUAAUUCACUUAAGCCAUUGGCUUCAUGGGCACGUGAUCUUGCAUUUCGUGUUACGCAUUUCAAUACUUGGGCAAAGACUCUGCGCUCACCAACCCUUUUUGGUUAGCGGCAUAUACAUUCCCUACUGGAUUUCUUACAGCCGUAUUACAGACUUCAGCCCGAGCCAGCAAAACUCCCAUUGAUGAACUUUCCUGGGACUUUUUGUUUUGUUGAAGAAGAUGCAAAUGCUGCUCGUAUUAUACGUGAGGGUGGUGGCGCAUACGUACACAACUUAUAUCUUGAAGGAGCUGGUUGGUUAAGAAAAAUCAGUGUUUGCAAGAUUCUCUUCCAAUGGAGUUAAUUUGCCUUGCCAGUUAUUCACUUUAAACCAGUGGAAAAUCUGAAAAAGAAGACUAGAGGCAUUUACAAUUGUCCAUCUUAUUAUUACCCAAUACGAUCUGGAUCCUUUGUCAUUUCAGUUGAUUUAAAGAGUGGCAAUGAGAAGUCGGACUUUUGGAUCAAGCGAGGAACAGCAAUUUUAUUGAGUUUGGCCAAUUAGUUUUUUUUUUGUAAAAUAUUUCACAAAGAGUGGUCAGCUUGAAAUGUCCGCUAUAUACGUUGAAUAAAAAUAAAAACCGCUUGACUAUUAAUAUUCCAUUGAGUACAAAAUUGAGAUUGUACCCAAUAGCAUAAGAGUUAAAUGCACUUUGCUUAAAUAACACAUCUUGUUGUAAACUGUUGUCACAAUACUUUG